AUGGUUGCCAAGACUAAAGUUCAAGCUAAGGAAGAAGUUGAAGAGCCCAAGGUCGAGAAGAUCGAGGACGCUUCCAGCGACUCUGAGGAGGAAAAUGACGAAGGUGUCGAUGUCACCGAGGAGCAGAAGAAAGUAGCUGAGGCUGCUGGAUUAGCUGAACAAGUCGACAAGGCCGCCAAGCAAAGUCGAUCUGAAAAGAAGGCUCGCAAACUUUUCUCCAAGCUCGGACUUAAGCCAGUUACUGGAGUAUCCCGCGUUUGCAUCCGCAAGUCGAAGAACAUCCUCUUCGUUAUCAACAAGCCUGAUGUAUACAAGAGCCCUGGAUCUGAUACCUACAUUGUCUUCGGAGAAGCCAAGAUUGAAGAUCUUUCACAACACGCUCAAAUGUCUGCUUUGGACAGAAUCAAGCCCAGCGAUGAUGCUCCAGCUCCACUUGCCACCGUCCAAGAAGAUGAAGAUGACUCUGUUGAGGAAGAUGCCACUGGAAUCGAGGAGAAGGAUCUUGAAUUGGUCAUGUCCCAAGCCAACGCCACCCGAAACAAAGCCAUUCGAGCCUUGCGAGCCGCAGACAAUGAUAUUGUUAACGCCAUCAUGAAUCUCACGAUGUAG